GGCGACGUGACCGCGCAGGGGGGCGGCGGCCUCGCCUCGUCUCCCUCUCUGCGCCUGGGUCCGGUGGGUGACGCCGAGUGCGAGAGAGAUGUCGGAUUUCGACAGUAACCCGUUUGCGGACCCGGAUAUCAACAACCCCUUCAAGGACCCAUCAGUCACACAAGUGACAAGAAAUGUUCCACCAGGACUUGAUGAAUAUAAUCCAUUCUCCGAUUCUAGAACACCUCCACCAGGCAAUGUGAAAAUGCCUAAUGUACCCAGUACACAACCAGCAAUAAUGAAACCAACAGAGGAACAUCCAGCGUAUACACAGAUUGCAAAGGAACAUGCCUUGGCUCAAGCUGAACUGCUUAAACGCCAGGAAGAACUAGAAAGAAAGGCAGCUGAAUUAGAUCGGCGAGAACGAGAAAUGCAAAACCUCAGUCAACAUGGCAGAAAAAAUAAUUGGCCACCCCUUCCUGGCAGUUUUCCUGUGGGACCUUGUUUCUAUCAGGAUUUUUCUGUAGAUAUUCCUGUAGAAUUCCAAAAAACAGUAAAAAUUAUGUACUACUUAUGGAUGUUCCACGCUGUAACACUGUUUCUAAAUAUCUUCGGAUGCUUGGCUUGGUUUUGUGUUGAUUCUGCACGAGGGGUUGAUUUUGGACUGAGUAUCCUGUGGUUCUUGCUUUUUACUCCUUGUUCGUUUGUCUGUUGGUACAGACCACUUUAUGGAGCUUUCAGGAGUGACAGUUCAUUCAGAUUCUUUGUAUUCUUCUUCGUCUAUAUUUGUCAGUUUGCAGUACAUGUACUACAGGCUGCAGGAUUUCACAACUGGGGCAACUGUGGUUGGAUUUCAUCCCUUACCGGUCUCAACAAUAAUAUUCCUGUCGGAAUCAUGAUGAUAAUCAUAGCAGCACUUUUCACAGCAUCAGCAGUCAUCUCACUAGUUAUGUUUAAAAAGGUACAUGGACUAUAUCGCACAACAGGUGCUAGUUUUGAGAAGGCCCAACAAGAGUUUGCAACAGGUGUGAUGUCCAACAAAACUGUCCAGACCGCAGCUGCAAAUGCAGCUUCCACUGCAGCAACUAGUGCAGCUCAGAAUGCUUUCAAGGGUAACCAAAUUUAGAGGAUCUUCCAACAAUACACUGUUACCUUUUGACUGUACUUUUUUCUCCAGUUACUGUACUCUAUAAAUAUUUUUAUGUUCAGAACACACAGUAAACACAGCAUGUAUAUUUCCCAUUUACUUAUGCAUGGGCGAAAACCAGAAAUAUUUCCUUGUCUUUUUAUUUACCUAAAAGUUUCUUAAUAUUUUAGUGCCCCUUGCAGAAAAAAAAUGUUACAUGCUAAAUAAAUAUUCUCCAUAUUUUUUGGGGGAUGAAUGUUCAGCACAUUAUUUCAGUGGUGAGACACUGAAAUUAAUAUGACACUUAUGAUUAGAAAUGCAUUUAGUACUAGCUGCAGUCAUUCUUUCAAGAAUCUUAGAUACAAGGAUUACACAUUGGAGAAGUAAAGUGAUGCUUCAUUCCUUUUUCCUUAUUUAUAUUGAAAGAAAUAGGCCAUCAGGGACUUGUGGAUUUUUUAAUUGGCUUGCUUUUUAGCAGUUUCAGUCACCAGUGAAGAGCCUGUGUGCAUUUUGUAGUAGAUAAUGUAAAUUUUAUCUUUUUAUUUUCUUUUUUCAGAGUAGUUGAUAUUUUGAUAUCAGUCUCUGAUCUUGCAUGGACACCACAUUUCUUAAAUUAAAAGAAUUAGUAUUUUGGAUUCUGCACUGCUUAUGGUUGUAGGUUUGGGGUGGUGUUUAUAGAAUCAUAGAAAUGAUUUUCUGUAAUAGUUUCUUUUAAAUAAAAAUUUAUUGGGGUGCAAUACAAGAAUAUAAUAUGCAGUGCAUUAUCCAAAAGAAAGGAUAGCAAAUUGAUGGGAUAGAAUGUAGUGAUAGUAAUAUCUUUUUUCCCCUCAAAUUUUCAGUAUGUAUAUCAUAGUAAAAUAUUACUGUAUGGAAACUGGUAUAUUCUUGUGGCUACUGUUUUUAAUUGAAAUGAGAUUGUGUUUGGCAGCUCUUUUGGGGGGUGUGUGUGUAAUUUUUAACAGAGGUAUUAAAGUCUAGCCUAACUCCUUGUUCGAAAAGAACAUACAGUAUUUAAGGGAUUUUUCUUUUAGCCUCUCGUCUCUAGUGGCAUUAAAAAUAAAAAGACUCUGGCAUUUUACACAUACUUGAAUCCCUAAUGCACCUCAGUCUUUUUAAUUUUUGAGACAUACUGAACACAUUAGAAUUUUUCAGCAAUAGAAAAAAUAAAACAUUUACACCAAGCAAGAAAAUAGACAGUUGAAUGCAUUAAUUUUGAAUAUAAUCACAUGACAAUUGUUGCUAUGCAGCACAGGAGUUCAUUCUCGUAGUGUAUUUGGGUUGAAAGUCGAAUCAUUUUUAAUACUGAUUAAAUGACUAAAAAGACAUAUGUAAAGUACUGUUUUUGGAAGUCGUUAGCUAAUUUAAGAUUAUAGAAUAAUAGGUAGUGAUUUAUUCAACUUGAUUUUAAACAAGGAUAGUCUAUUGGAUUAUAUUAUUUGAGACUACAGAUCUUUUAAAAACAAAUCAGAUGGGCAGAAAUAGUUAAAUCACUUUUAUUCUUCUCCCCAAAUCUGGAGUUUCAUGCUGGGGAUGGGAUGGUAAGCUCUCACUACUUAGGAAAGAAGCCUUGCGCGGUCAGUAGUGGUACUAGGCAAUGUGGAUCCAUUCAGAUGGUGUUUACAUUUGAUUUGUGUGGGACUUUAUUGAAGUAUACACUUGGAAUAUGUUUCUUUUAUUUGGAUGGAAAUAGGAUUCAUAGUAUGAAUUUAAAGCUGUUUACGAAUAUUUUUGAUUAGCGAUAAUCUCCACCUCCUUUCUCAAUCAAAUAAGCCAGUUCAAGUUUUUCAGGAUCUGUAAUCUUACAGAAAAUCUGUUUCAUCAGUGUGCUGUAUUAAGUGGAUUUUAAAAACUUUCAAAAUAUUAACCACAAAAUACAACAAGAACACUUGUGUCCAUCAUUAAUUUACAUCUCAAGUCCAUUUUUUUUUUUUAUAUAGUAGAAAGAUACAGCAUAGAGACUUGAAAAACAUUGAGGUUCUUUCAGUAAUAAGAAUGAUUUUCUCUAUUCUGUAGAAACCCAUAAAGGUAGGACUGUUAAAUAACGAAGAAUAAUCACAACCAACAAUACCUUUUUUGUGUAGAUGGGAAAAACAUUAUAAAAUCCAGUUGUUUAGGUUAAUACAAGCUUAUGGGAGAAAAUUGUUUUUAAAAAACAUAAAUGUGCAUUAAAAUGAUAGCAGUGCUCACAGUUAAAGUAUAGGGGUUUUAAAUUCUUAUAUUUUCUGUUCACUUAGUAAUUAGGAAAUAGUCAUGUUUUCACUCAGCAAAAGAUUCGCAUGUGUUAGUGUUUAUAUUUAAUGUUAACAUUACCCAGGAUCAGAAUCAUGAAAUGGUCUUGACACUGUAAGUAUCCACAUCAUUUUUCAGUUUGCAAUACUAAGUUGGCUAUUUUAUUUCAGACUGAAGUUUGAACACUGGAAUAUCAUUGCUCAGUGAUUUGUAAUUUGGGACUUGGCUUAUUUAUCUAGGGAUGUUUGUAUAUUUUGUUAGUGAGUAAUGCGGCGCUGCCAUCAUGGUGACUGUCAUGGUACGAUUCUCCAUGGCACUGCCCUCUAUCUGUCCCUCUACUGUUGCAUGUUUUCAGUGGUUUGGAAGUUUUGUAUAUUUAUUGUAUUAACAAAGAGUGUCAAAAUAAAAUGCUGUUUACUGGA